AUGCAGGUUUCUACGGUGCUACUUCUAUUAGUGGCCCUGGUAACUGUCCAGGCGUUACCGAAACCCAAUGACGGUGGUGACAAGGCUAUUGAAAGAAAACCUUGCAAUGGCGACCAUGAGACGACCAAGAAACAAACGGUUCAUGUAGAAAAAACCAGCAGUGGCUCUAAAUCCCAUAGCAAAAUACAAUCCACUUCUCGCAGCCAUUAUGAGAAGACAGAUCCAGAUCACAUCAAAUCUGAUUCGGAAUCUAAUACUCGUUUUGAAAAUCAGAACAGUGGUUAUAAUGAACAUAUAAAGGCUAAUUCUACUAAAACUGACACUGAAAGCCACGGCAAAGACCAUACAAAGAAGACUUCUUCUAAUGCCGCUCAUGUAGAGAAGACUAGUGGUACUUACAAUCAGGAAACUAAAGGAAACUUUUCAUCUAACAGCAAUUAUGAAAAGAAGAAUGAUUAUGAACAUUCAGAUUACUCUUCUAAUGGCAAUAUUGAACAGAAGAAUAGUGAACACAAUGAUCAGACUAAAAUAGAUUCGUCUGCAAAUCAGACUUACGAGAAAAAGAAGGGUUAUGAACAUAACGAUACUUCUUGUGAUACCAACGUUGAACAGAAGAACGAUGAGAAGAACAGUGAAACUAAAAUAAAAGAUUCUUAUAACAGUCAUUACGAAAAGGACGGAGAUAAGGUAAACGUCGAUGCUUGUUCCAAUACCAAUAUUGAGCAAGAGAACACUGAAAAUGAAAAAGAAACUAAAGUACAGGACUCUUCAAAAACUCAUAAUGAAAAGAGUAAAGACUACGAACACACGGAUGAAUCUUACAAUACCAAUGUAGAGGAAAAGAACAAUGAGAAGAAAGAUGAGACAAAUAUAAACCAAUCUUCUAACGUUCAAUACGAAAAGGACAAAAAUUGUGAACAUGCAGAUUCAAAUUCCCACACAAAUAUUCAACAAAAGAACAGUGAAAGACAGGAUGAAACGACAGUGAAUGAUUCUGGUUUUAAACAUUAUGAGAAGAGAAAAGGCCAUGAACAUAGACAUUCUUCUUCCAAAACCGACAUAGAACAAAAUAACAGACAAUACGAAGACGAAACGAAUAUAGACGCUACAGGAACCGACCACUAUGAAAAUAACAAUGGAAAUGAACGCCAAGAAUCUUAUUACAAUACAGAUAUUGAUCAAGAAAAUAGUGAAAAUGAGGAUCAUACAAAAGUAAGCUAUUCUUCUGAAAACACUGACAAAAAGCACAAACGAGGAUGUCGUCAUCACAAAACACUAAAUGGUGAUAGCGAACAAGAUAAAAGUACUAGCGCUGACAAUCACGAAGACUCCUCUACUGAAUUUGAAUCUGAAAGCUCAGAUGAAAACAGUAGCAGUGGUGAAAAUGAUGAAACUAGUGAACAAGGGAAUGACACCAACGAAAAUAAACACCACAACAAUAAGCGAAACAGUCCUGGGGACAAAGCUAAUGAAUCCAAUAAUAAACCAAAGGGCAACCGUCCUGGAAAGGGUGAUGGCUCCCACACACCUAAGAGAAACGGUUCUGGACAAGACGAUGGUGACAACUCCAAGGAACCUAAGAAAGACAGACCUGGGGACAAAGAUGAUACAAACAAGCACCAACCGAAGCACCACAAAGGAUGCAAACACCACAUAACGGAUAGUGAACAUCCAAGUGGUGACAAGAAUCACAGUUCUGAAAAGAAUGAUGGCUCCAAGGUACCAAACGGAGGUAGUUCUGGAAAGGGUGAUGCCUCCCACACACCUAAGAAAACGGUUCUGGACAAGACGAUGGUGACAACUCCAAGGAACCUAAGAAAGACAGACCUGGGGACAAAGAUGAUACAAACAAGCACCAACCGAAGCACCACAAAGGAUGCAAACACCACAUAA